AUGGUUCAUCUUCCUACUGAAAUCCCGACGAAUGAGAGUCUCCUUCGGGAGGUAAAACAAAACCCACUUUUUUCUUUCAUACUCCCACUCUUGCUUCCCCAAUUUUCUUUCUUUCUUUCUUUCUUUCAAGUGCACUGUUCUUUCUUAUUCCUUACUUUCAACCUUCCUCUUUUUUUUUCUUCUUCUUCUUCUUCUUCUUCUUCUUCCUUUCUUUCUUUAUUUAUUUACUCCUAUAAUAACUUAAUGUGUACUUUCUUCGUACCACCUUUAGAUGGGAACUUUCAUUCUUUGAAGUUUACUGUACUUUUUUCACAUUCAAUGUUCAUUUUUUUUCUUUCUUUCAAAUGCCCUCUUCGUCCUUUCUUUAUUUCAACCGCAUUCUCUUUCUUUCUUUCUUUCUUUCUUUCUUUCAAAUACACUCUUUGUACUUUAUUUUUCAAAUGUUUUCUUUAUUCAUUCUCUCUUUCGUUCUCUUCAUCCAUCAUUUCUUUUCUUCUUUCUUUCUAUCUUUUUUUUUUCUUAGAAAUACUCUCUUCUGUCUGCUUUUCUUAUUUUCUAGCUUUUUUAUUUGUUUCUUAUAUCUCCUUCGUUUUCGUCGUCUUCUUUUUUCUUCACUCAUUUCUUUAUAAUCUUCCAUUUCUCCUCCUUUUCCCAUUUCACUUUCUUCCAUCUCUCUUCCUUUUUCGUUUUCUAUUCUUUUUUAUUUUUCUCCUUUUUUUCUUUAUUUUCCUCUGUUUCCAUUCUACCUCCUUUUCCCUUUAUUCUUUUUCUUCAUCAUUUUCCUUUUGUUUUUUCAUUAUCUCUUUUCUUUAUCAUCCUCCAUUUCUCGUUUGUUUGUUUUUCAUUUCUACUUCUUUCUUUUUUCUUUUCCUCAUCGCAUUUUCUCUUUUCUUUAUUUUCCUAUUCUUCCAUUUCUCUUCCUUGUUUUCAUUUAUUCUUCUUCUUUCAUUUCUCUUUCGUAUUUCAUUUCUUUUCUUCUUUUUUCUUACGUUUCUUUUUUCAUUUAUUCCUCCUCCUUCUCCCCCUCCUUCUUCUUUUAUUUAUCUUCCUUUAAUCAUUUCGUCUUCUUUUUCUUCUUUCAUUAGUCUUACUUUUUCAUUUCUUCUUACAUUUCUCUCCCUUUUUUAUUUCUUUCCUUCUUCUUCUUUUCCCCCCAUUUCUCUUCCUUUUGUCAUUUCGUCUUUUACUUUCAUGAAUCUUCAUUUUUUAUUUCUUCUUCUUCUUCUUCUUCUUCUUCUUCUUCUUCUUCUUCUUCUUCUUCUUCUUCUUCGAGCGUUUCUCUCCCUUUUUUAUUUCUUCUCCUUCAUCUUCUUCAUCUUCUUCUCCUUCUUCUUCUUCUUCUUCUUCUUCUUCUUCUUCUUCUUCUUCUUCUUCAAGCAUUUUAUCUUUAAAGUUCCCUUCUCUACUUGUCUCGAUUUUUCAUUCUUCUCAAACUGCUGA